CUUAAAUAGGAGGAUAAGGAAUGCAGGUCCCUAGAUUCAGGGAAUUCUUCCGGUGUACUUUACUGCUUCCAAGAAUGUGCAGAUGUCCUAAUGGAUGCGAUCGAUCGAAUGAAAUCAGUUUGCUUGUCCACGUUAUGGUCCCAGUUGAUAGACAUGGAGGAGUUAUAGAGUGGACAAGGAAAUCUUGGCCUGUUGUUCCAUAUGGGGCUGUGGCCCUGCAGGGGGGAUUGGUGGAAUUUGUGUGCUAUGGAUGGCUUUUUGUGUGUGGAUGGCGUCAAGGUGUGAAAUCGAAUCACUUAUCUGCUCCGACCGAUACAAUCGACAAUCACACAAUCCAAUCUCGUGGAUCGAUCUUGAUAUUUUUCGUACGACCCUGUUUUAGAAAUGGAACAUAUGUCCGCAGAAGUUCGAAAUACAGAUGAAUUGGAUCUAACCGGAAUAUAUGGAUGACACUGAUACUCAAACCGGCAUCAAUAAGGUAUCGUGUUGAGAUCCUCGAAAAAUUGCGAGGCUCCAAAAUGCAAAACAAAGUGAAAUUGAGGCCCAAUAAUAUAAAUAGGCCCAAAAUAUUUUUCCCGGGGAAUCGUAUCUAUGGCCGCCGACCGUUUUAUUUGUUUAUUACGAAGAUCUCUGUUUGUCGGAGAGUCAUAUGCUGUUCUCGGUGACGAUUCAUAGACGACUAAAGAGCGCGAUAAAGACAAUACACGGAGCAAUGCCCGGAGGGUCAAUUUCUUUGAGGAGAUCUGUCUCGACUCUAUCCCAUCUCUGCGAGAGAAUAAAACAAACAGAAAAGGAAAUAGCUCAAAUGUUCCAGUUACCACGCCUCCAAGAGGAUACAGGUAAUUCUCCCAGAAACUUAAAAUUCUAUAGAAAAGACCCCUCAGUUCGAGUUUUGGAUGAAAGAUUUAUUAGGAUCUUGAAGAUAUUCAAGUGGGGGCCUGAUGCUGAAAAAGCUCUGGAAGUCCUCAAGUUAAGAGUGGACCAUCGGCUGGUCCGCGAAGUUCUUGCAGUAGAUGUUGAGAUUGGGCUGAAGAUUCAAUUCUUCAAGUGGGUUGGAAAAAGAAGGAACUUUUCUCAUGACUUCACUACUUACAUGGCUUUAAUCCACUCUUUGGAUGAGGCUAAAUUGUUUGGAGAGAUGUGGAAGACAAUUCAGGAAAUGGUUCGAACUCUCCCAGCUAUCAGUUCAUCAGAAUUAUCUGAAAUUAUCAGAGUAUUAGGCAGGGCUAAGAUGGUAAAUAAGGCCCUAGCAAUUUUCUACCUAGUUAAGGGCCGGAAGUGUAAACCCACUGCAGGCACAUACAAUUCUGUUAUACUGAUGCUCAUGCAAGAAGGUCAUCAUGAAAAGGUCCACGAGCUCUAUAAUGAGAUGUGUAAUGAAAGCAAUUGUUUCCCUGAUACACUAACUUAUAAUGCGCUUAUCUCGGCAUUUGCGAAGCUGGGUCGUGAUGAUUCUGCUAUUAGGCUGUUUGAUGAGAUGAAGGUGAACGGUUUAGAGCCUACAGCAAAGAUAUAUACAACACUGUUGUCGAUCUAUUUCAAGUUAGGUGAAGUUGAAAAAGCUCUGAGUUUACUCCGACAGAUGAGGGAGAAGGGAUGUGUUCCAACUGUUUUCACGUACACAGAAUUGAUUAAGGGGCUAGGAAAGGCUGGUAAGGUUGACGAGGCCUAUGAUGUGUAUUCUAACAUGAGAAGAGAAGGAUGUAAAGCUGAUGUGGUCCUCAUGAACAAUCUGAUUAACAUUUUGGGAAGGGCAGGACGUUUGGAUGAUGCUAUGAAGAUCUUUAAUGGGAUGGAGCACAUGCAAAUUACUCCAAAUGUUGUGACAUACAACACAAUUAUUAAAUCCUUGUUCGAAUCGAAAGCUCCAGCUUCUAAAGCCGCUUUAUGGUUCGAGAGAAUGAAGGAGAAAGGAGUGGCCCCAAGUUCGUUUACUUAUUCGAUCCUCAUCGAUGGUUUCUGCAGGACUAACAGAGUUGAGAAGGCUCUGUUACUUCUUGAAGAGAUGGAUGAGAAAGGUUUUCCCCCGACCCCAGCUGCAUAUUGCAGCAUCAUCAACAGUCUUGCGAAAGCAAAAAGAUAUGAUGCUGCUAAUGAAUUAUUCCUAGAAUUGAGAGAGAACUGUGGGCAGUUGAGCUCGAGAGUAUAUGCUAUCAUGAUCAAACAUAAUGGAAAGUGUGGGCGUCUCAGUGAGGCAGUUGAUCUUUUUAAUGAGAUGAAGCAGAUGGGAUGCAAACCUGAUGUUUAUGCUCAUAAUGCCCUCAUGUCAGGUAUGGUCAGGGCUGGGAUGGUAAAUGAAGCUUACUCGUUGCUUCACACCAUGGAAGAAAAUGGCUGCUCCCCGGACUUAAAUUCACACAAUAUCAUUUUAAAUGGCCUUGCAAGAUCAGGUGGACCCACUAGAGCUAUGGAGAUGUUCACAAGGAUGAAAAGGAGUUCAAAAAUUAAGCCUGAUUCAGUGUCUUACAAUACCGUGCUUGGGUGUCUCAGUCGUGCUGGGAUGUUCGAGGAGGCAGCUAGGCUUAUGAAGGAGAUGAAAAGUGAAGGCUUUGAGUAUGAUCUCAUCACUUACUCCUCAAUACUAGAGGCUGUUGGAAAGGUUGAUGAAGAACGGAGUGUUUCUGCUUUCUGAGGAAUACGGCACGUUCACUUCAUGCCAGACGGGGCUAGCUUGAAAGUGGAAGUCUCCACUUUGGCAGAUGCAAUGAAGCUUUAACUGCAGGUCUUGGGGUGGGGGAAAUUCUUUUUUUCUACCCUGGCCUUUCGUCUCACCAUGGAGGAAGUGAGAACUGCCAAGAAUCCUACUUCAGAGUCUUCACCACUGAUAUGCCUUGAUCGUUGGCACCUAUAUCCUGAUUGAGAACUCAUAGAAGUUUUAAGUAAAAAUGAAAGAGCUGCUGCAUAUGCUUGCAAGAUCGACUGAAAUUGGAUUUUACAAAUCCAGAUCUUGGAAGAGCAUGAUCUCAGACGUCCCAGUUGUACUGUGAACACAAGGAGGUGAGAUGCUAGUUAAUUCAACAGAAGAACUGAUGAUGAUGCUUGGAGCGGAAGUUUCUAAUCCGAUCCACGAAAGACACAGCAGUGGGCAGAGUAACUAUCGAUUGUGCUACAGGCUUUACUCUAUAAGAAUUUUGAUUUUGCCUUUCUUGAACUGUAGAUGCAUUCGAUUUUCCAGUUUCCGUAAAGAAAAUUUCUGAUUAAUUGC